CUUUCCCCCCUCGAGGUCGCUGUUCGUCGAACCCCUGCUUCCCUGGGGUCCGUUGUGUGGAUACUGAGGAAGGCUUCCGGUGUGGGGCUUGUCCCCGUGGUUACUAUGGAGACGGGGUUAACUGUGAACGUUACACAACAUGCCGAGAUCAGCCAUGUUAUCCAGGAGUGCAAUGCCAGGACACAGAGAGAGGCUAUCGUUGUGGGCCAUGCCUCCUGGAAUGACAGGGGACGGAAGUCGCCGUGGAUGCACUCCCUUGGUACGGAAGUGCUCCGACAACCCAUGCUUUCCCGGCGUACAAUGCGUGGACUCGCCUGGGGGCGCCAUAUGCGGGGCAUGUCCGACAGGCUACACAGGCAACGGCACCGUCUGCGUGGACAUCGACGAGUGUCUGUACAGUCGCCCUUGCGACAGAAUGGCCACGUGCCGGAACCUCAGUCCGGGCUUCACGUGCACCGCCUGUCCCCCUGGUUACACCAGCAACAACGUGCAGGGGGUGGGCAUAGAGGAGGCCCAGCGUCAGAAACAGGUGUGUGAAGACAUUGAUGAAUGCAGGGAUGGCAACAAUGGCGGGUGCGUUCCGAAUUCUCGGUGUAUAAACAUACCGGGUUCAUACAGGUGCGGGGAUUGUCUUCCUGGUUACCAAGGAGACCAGAUUAGGGGAUGUGUCCAGGACGGGACAGUUUGUCCUGACGGAGUCACUCACUGUGCCGACAACGCCAAGUGUGUCAGGAUCAGUGGGUUCAGUGGCUACGGGUGUCAGUGUAACGUCGGCUUUGCUGGGGAUGGCAAGUACUGCUACAGGGACACGGACUUGGAUGGAAUCCCAGACACUGACCUCCCCUGCUCAGGCAGACGAUGUCGAAAGGACAACUGCUUGCUGGUGCCUAACAGCGGGCAGGAAGAUGCCGAUGGUGACCAAAUUGGCGAUGCCUGUGAUGAUGACAUGGACAACGACGGAAUUAUCAAUAACCCGGACAACUGUCCGCUGGUAGCCAAUCCAGACCAGUCAGACACGGAGGGGGAGCCCGACAAACGGGGCGACGCCUGCGACAACUGCCCCACCGUCCCCAACCCUGAUCAAGUGGACACGGACGGCGAUGCCAUGGGAGACAUCUGUGAUCCGGACAUCGACAACGAUGGAAUUCUCAACGAGCAGGACAACUGCGUGAGAGUGGUCAACCCUGAUCAGCGCGAUUCUGAUGGCGACUCGGUGGGUGAUGCGUGCGACAACUGCCCAACAGUCCCAAACCCUAAUCAGUCCGAUAUCGACAGCGAUCUUGUCGGCGACGCCUGUGACACCAAUGAAGACAGAGACAAAGAUGGAAUUCAAGACAACAUGGACAACUGUGUAUACAUAGCAAAUUCCGACCAGCUGGACACUGACCGUGAUGGUCAAGGUGAUGUGUGCGAUGAUGAUGACGACAACGACACAAUUAAAGAUCCCGACGACAACUGCCCUCUGAUUCCUAACACAGACCAGAAGGACUCUGAUGGCGACGGCCGAGGUGACGUGUGCCAGAAGGACUUCGACGGCGAUGGCGACGAGGACGAUACCGAUGUCUGUCCAGAUAACGGCGAGAUCUUCGCAACCGACUUCAGAGCGUUCCAGACCGUCGUACUCGAUCCAGAAGGUGAUUCGCAGAUUGACCCCAACUGGAUCGUCCUGAACCAGGGUGCAGAAAUUGUGCAGACGAUGAACAGUGAUCCAGGCAUCGCGAUAAGUUACAACUACUUCGGGGGCGUGGAUUUCAGUGGCACCUUCUUCGUGAACACUGAGGUAGACGAUGACUACGCCGGCUUCAUCUUCAGUUAUCAGAACUCGUCAUCCUUCUACGCCGUCAUGUGGAAGAAAUCCACCCAGACAUACUGGCACCCCAACCCUUUCAGAGCAGUCGCUGAGCCGGGUAUUCAGCUGAAACUGGUGAAAUCCAACACAGGGCCUGGCGAAAUUUUGAGAAACGCGCUUUGGCAUACUGGAAGCACUACAAACCAGGUGAAGCUGCUGUGGGUAGACCCGCGCAAUGUGGGCUGGAAGGAAAAGACAGCUUACAGAUGGGAGCUAUACCACCGUCCUCAAGUUGGAUUUAUCAGGGUUCUGCUCUAUGAGGACACUGACCUGGUAGCCGAUUCGGGAAACAUUUACAACUCUGAUUUAAAGGGAGGUCGCCUUGGUGUGUUCAGCUUCUCCAAGGAGAUGGUCAUCUGGUCCGAUCUGGUCUACCGAUGUAAUGAUUUCAUUCCUCAAAGUGUUCUGGACGAAGUGCGUGAUAAUGACUACACCUACGACGAGUAGUUCCCAUGCUGCGCACCAGUUUGUUUGUUUGGGGGGAGGGGGGGGUUAGUUAUUUUUUUAUAUUUUUAUUCUCAAGAUGGCGGCCCUUCCGCCUUAUAAGCACAAUGUUUUAACAUUUCCUCUAGUUUCACUGCGUGACUUCUCGACGCUGAACUGUGUGAAGGACAGAAGACCAGAAAAAAAGAAUGUUUAGAAGUAUGCCUGACAAAUGUUGUUUCUUUGUUUUACUCUCUCGUAAUCCUUUAUUUGUUAAUUUUAAUUAAUCACUCCUCUCGUUCACUCAGUUUAAGUUGUCCGUUGUGUCUUUUUUCUUUCGAUCUUUCCUCUUUCUUUCUAUUUGUUUUUAUUUUGAAAGUAUUUUGAAAGUAAAUCAGAAGCUUGCCCUUGAAGGGGAAACUGACCAUUUUCUUCAUUAUCUUAACAAUCUUGAUGUUAGCUCUCUGCCAGCUGGGACUAAGCAAUGCUGGUGUUCAUUUUUUGGGGGGAAUGUCUCUGACAGAAAGGGACAUCUUCCUCAAAUAAAUGUUUCGCUUAAGAAGGCGUCGUUGUUUGCACACACACACACACUUUUUUCGUGCAUAGCUUUAUAUUUUCCUAUAAGCAAUCUUUUUUACCUGUUGUGCCUGGGCAUGUAAAUGUGUUUGUUCUCCUGGACCAAAGCAAAAUAAACAGCUUUUUUCUCUA